AUGAGGUUCCUGUUGCUGGCUAGGAGGUACACUAGGACAGAUUACUUUGUCUCAGAGAUGUCUGACGGGGAUUCAUCUUACUUCACCUUCUACAAAGACUACAAGGUCGCGUUCAUGGACAGGGAAGAGUGGAUGUACAAGUUACCGAGGGUUAGCAACGAUAUGGCUUUCCUGCAUCAUGUUAGUUCUGCAGAAAAUAAUGGACGAUUAGGAUCUCCUACUGCCAUUCCUGCGCCAAGCAUUGAAAAGAAGAAUGGCAUGGAAACUAAUAAUUCACAUAAAGACAGAGAGGCUGAUGGCAGCAUCAAAUCAAAUGUGCCAUCUCAGGGAGAACCUUCAUCGAAGAAACCUGUAGCGCGAGCUAAGGUUCCUUUCGAGAAGGGCUAUAGCCAAAUGAAUUGGCUAAAGCUGACACGUACGCAUCGUGAUUUAGCUGGGCUUAAGGGGCACUCAAACCGAAGAUUAAUUUCUUUGGAAGAAGUUAAGCAGCAUAAAACGGGUGACUGUAUUUGGACAGUUCUUAAAGGUCGUGUGUACAAUAUUGCUCCAUACGUGAAAUUUCAUCCUGGAGGAGUUGAUAUGCUUAUGAAAGCUGCUGCGAAAGACUCCACUGCUUUGUUCAAUAAAUAUCAUGCUUGGGUAAAUGCAGAGUUCCUUUUGGAGAAGUGCCUUGUCGGAUUCCUUGAUCCCAACGCGCUGAUCUGCACAAUUCGGGCCAGAAUGGCAUUCUAGUGUCGUUUUUGUACUCUUGAUCAUGGACCUCUGGUGAUUAGUGCUUAUGUGCAUUGGCCGGUGAAUUAAAGAAUGUAUAUAUUCUUGCUUCACGAUGGGAAUGUGUUUAUUAUUUUUUGUCUCAAAAACGAAGAGUCAGAAAUAAAUCUGGU